AUGGGAAAAACAAUAAAUAGUAACAAUACAAGCGAAAUUCAAAUAGCCACUCUUAAUACUAGGUCAUUAAGAACCUCUGAAAAACUUAUAGAAUUAGAAAUAGCAUUAGAGGAAAUAAAGUGGGACAUUUUGGGAUUGAGCGAACUGAGAAGAUUUGGAGAUGGAAUAGUAGACUGCGGAAAAUAUAUACUUCAUUAUAAAGGAGAAACGCCUGGCCUUUAUGGUGUAGGAUUUAUGAUUAAAAAGAAAUACGCAAAAAAUAUAGUAGAAAUAAAAGGAGUUUCAGAAAGAAUAGCGUUACUUAAUAUUAAGUUGCCUUUAAAUAAAGGAAAAGAUGAAACGUGGUCAAUCAUACAAGCCUACUCACCAACGGAAUCUGAUAAAAAGGAGGAUAUAGCAAAGAUAGAAAACUUUUAUAAAGACUUACAAACCACCAUCGAUAGUUGCUACAAGAAUAUUAUUGUAAUGGGUGAUUUCAACGGACAGAUAGGGGAAUGUCAAACAGGCGAAAAUUACACCAUAGGAAAAUUCGGUUUUGGAAGUAGGAGUAAUAAUGGAUCAAGAUUAAUAUCAUUUGCGUUAGAAAACAAGCUGAGUAUUUUAAACAGUUUCUACAAUAAGAAAAAGGCUAAGAAAUGGACCUGGAUGUCUCCCAAUGGGCUUUAUAAAAAUGAAAUCGAUUUCAUCUUAUCAAAUAAACGAAAUGUAUUCAAAGACGUCACGACAUUGAAUAACUUUAAUUUUAAUACAGAUCAUAAAAUGGUUCGUGGAACAUUAACUGCAAAUUAUAGGAAGAGCCGAAAAUUUCAAAACAAAUACAUUCCGGUAGCAAAUGCUAGCAAUAACGAUAUGCUUUUAAAUAACAUAACGAGCGCUUUAAAGAAUAUUGAUAAAGUUAGUAACUCAGUACAAGAAAAAUACAACUAUCUAUUAAAAGCACUAACAACGGAAACAAAAAGGACAAACUUGGAAACAAAAAGAUCUAUUUCCUGUGAAGCCAAAAAACUACUCGAAGAAAGGAAAAUACUUUUAUCGAAAGAAAAAGAUAAAGAAACACGGAAAAAGAUAUCUGAACUAAGCAAAAAGAUAAACGAACAAAUAAGAAAGGACAGAAAAACAAAAAGAACAAGAAAUCUACAGAAACACAUCGAAAAAACAGGAGGUAUAAAGAAAGCUAUUAAAGAGUUAGAUGCUCAAAAGGAAUGGAUGCCUAGUGCUAAAAGUAAAGAAGGAAAAUACUGUACUGGAAGGUCCGAAAUCAUUAAAAUUGCCACUGAUUACUACAAAAACUUAUACAAAUGUCAACAUAAUACUUUAGAACCUACGAACAAUAUAUUAUUAGAAGAAAAUGAAAUAAUACCUAAAAUACUCAAAGAAGAAACACAUAGGUGGGCAUUAACUCGUUAA